UCUGACUCAAUUGCGAAAACCAUUCUAAGACUAACUGUCGUAAUCCCACUAAUGAUUGAAUCGAGAGUCAUCCUUCUUGCUAAACUCCUCCCUUCUGUGAAACUCACUUUAAGGGAUGCAGCAAGACUACGUCCACUUCUUCCUCAAUCUACUCUAAGAAAAAGGCAAGUACAGCUACUUACUUUAGAGUCGAUCCAGUUCCUCGGGGGUCUCAAUCAAGUAGGAGCUGAUCACAGCAGCCAGACAGAAGACAAUAAUAAUCCCCGAAACUAUAAUCCGCCGGGCGAAAAAAGUGCAAGUGUGUGCAGGUCAAGCUCAGGGGAAGUUGAAUCUAGCGGAGGGGUCUUUGCUUUUGCUUUUCAUGACUCAGCUACUAUUGAAUCCGAUCCUAGGGCAUUAAAAGAAGAGUACGAGUUAGCAGGGCUGUCUCACCUUGGGCUUGUUGGCCGGCGGAAUAACCGCAGUAACCUCCUUCACUUCAUGCCUUUGAUAGAACGGAGAUGCCCCUUUUCUCCAAUUGCAAUUCCAGAGGGAUAUCCUUUUAGACGCUCUCCCGGCAUUAGCGGAAUAAGAGCAGUGGGACUUGAGCUAACGCGCAUUCCUUGGGAUCAGAAGGAAGAGUUGUCAACGGGAACUGGCGAGACACUUCUGACGUUAAAGAAGGAAGUCUUCCCCGGGAGAUCUCUUUGGGAAUCAGCACAGAAAGAUGAGCUUAGUGAUUCCUUCGGGAAAGCACUUACAACAAAGCCAGAAUCUAAGAAAUCAUACGGGAUUACUUGGACCUUACCACGUUCCCUCCCCUCUCUUAGUAUGGGUCCUGCCCCGUACGAGCAAAUCGCUUCAAAAGGAUUUGUCUCCAAUCUCUUUAAAGGCACUAUUAACUUUUCGGUCUUCACUUGGAAUCUGUGCACUAUGAGUGCGUUACAAUUGUUCUUUGAAUACUGUGGCGCGCCUUUCAGAGUGGUGGAUUGCUGGAGACAAAGUCCCCUCUCUCCAUACAUAAAGGGAAUUCUAGUUGAGAUGCUGAAGAGAAAAUUGAAGCCUAAACGACUUCAAUUGCCUCCUCAGGAUGUCGUCUUUGAAGGGGAGGCAGCUAUGAAUGAGUAUACUUUCUAUCGUAACUGGGUGGAAUCCUGGUUACAGCACAUCCGUUCAUACUACCUUCUUUUCAUUGAUGGAGAUCCUUCUCUUUCAAAGUUCUUUGAGAUUGAGAUAUGUGCCCACUCUUGGAAGCGUUCGACUUUCGACCAACAGGUCUUUAAGUUUGGCCUUCUAUGGGAGUGUGUGGAUAUUGCUCGCUCUAGAACAGUUUAUUGGCAAUGUGCUUUAGGCACAGGUCAUAUACAGGAAGAUAAGGUAUCGGAGGCAACAAGCCCCUUUACCGAUGACAGUUCUAGCCGACCACGUGCCAGAAGUUUAUACUGGCAUUGCAAUAGGUCAAGCAAGUCUGCUGGCAACCCUGUAGCCUAUUGGCUUCUUCCUAUAUCCCUGUUCGGGCAAACUUUUGAUUCCAUUACCGAGCCAAAGAAGAUUCUUCCCCUAGUUCUACUUAUCACCUUUUCAUACUGGGCAGCAUCUAUUGAGAGUGGAUUGACGGUGUUGAGAGAUUUCCAGCAUAAGCAGUAGUUGAACCAGCAUAAUGAAAAAGCUAGAAAAAGGGGCAAGUAGGUCGGCUUCAGCCAGAAGAGCUUAACCGAAUUUUUCCAAUACAACUUAAGCUCCAGGAAGAAAGCAAAGCCUUGAGGGAGUGAGCUUAGUUACUUUUUUUCGGUCGGUUUGCUAAAGCACCUCUCGGGCACUAAACAAAAAGUAAUACUUAAU